AUGGGCACCCCAGCGCAGACGCUCUCCAGGACGGAGUUCCAUCCGCAGUGGCUCAGGAACCCCUUCACGGCGGCGUGGGCGAGCACUCCUGUCUGCGGAACCCACUCACUCGCCACCAGUCCCCUUCCCCCAGCCAUCUCUGCGAACCCAGACGACUCCUUCCGCCGCUGA